GCUACUUUGUGGCGUUCACAAUAAAUACAUUUUUAUUUUUAAGUGAAUGGUACCCAUGUCUGGGUCUGUGACAUUCAAAGAAGAGGAAGUUACUCAAUAAAUUAACUUCUUCCAUGGAUUCGUCGGGAAGAUCUUGUGUAAUUGGAGUCAAAAACAGUCGGCUACGAGGAAACAGCUGGAAGAUUGAGAACAUGUGUUUGAAAGCAAUCUAGAUGCAGAAGAGUUUCGGAAUACGUGUGCUUGUCACAAAAUGUAGAAGUUGGAAAGGAAUAAGCAUUUCUGGGAAACUAUGUAGAACACAGUUAUUUCGCAUGAUGACAAGCUCAGCAGCUGGAGAACAUACCAACAGGUUGUCUGAAGAAAAGUCUCCAUAUCUUCUGCAACAUGCCACAAAUCCUGUUGAUUGGUACCCUUGGGGUUCAGAAGCCUUUCAGAAGGCUGUCACAGAAGACAAGCCUAUUUUUCUCUCAGUGGGGUAUUCCACGUGUCACUGGUGUCACGUGAUGGAGAGAGAAUCGUUUGAGAAUGAGGAGAUCGGGAAAUACCUGAGUGAGAAUUUUGUCUGUAUAAAAGUGGACCGUGAAGAGAGGCCUGAUGUGGACAGAGUGUACAUGACAUUUGUUCAGGCAACCAGUGGACGAGGAGGCUGGCCUAUGAGUGUGUGGCUGACCCCAGACCUCAAGCCAUUUUACGGAGGUACAUAUUUCCCACCUGACAACAGGUACUAUGGACAGCCUGGCCUUAAGACCCUGCUUCACACAAUCACUGAACAGUGGAAGGCAAAACGAGAGAAACUGGCUGAGCAGAGUAGCGCCAUCUUAGAUGCCCUAGCCAAGGCAACAUCUUUGGGUGAGACAGGCAAAAUACCAGGUCAAGAGGUCAUUUCUAAGGGUUACAAAGCCAUAGAGAAGACCUUUGAUGAACAAAUGGGAGGAUUUGGAAAAGCCCCAAAAUUUCCCCAACCAACCAUGUUGAGCUUCCUGUUGCGAGUAUAUGCGGGUCACUCCAUGGCAGUGUUAGGGGAGAGAGCCCUGGAGAUGACACUCUUCACACUGAAGAUGAUGGCUAAAGGAGGCAUGCACGACCAUGUCGGCCAGGGAUUUCAUAGGUACUCCACGGAUGAUUUCUGGCACGUGCCUCACUUUGAGAAGAUGCUGUAUGAUCAGGCUCAGUUGGCUGUAGUCUACUCCGAGGCAUUUCAGAUAACAAAGGACCCCAUGUUUGCUGACAUCACAAAGGACAUUUUGCUGUACGUGUCCAGAGAUUUAAGUGACCCAUCAGGGGGCUUCUACAGUGCAGAGGAUGCUGACUCUCAUGUGAAACAUGGUGAUGUGGAGAAGAGGGAAGGGGCAUUCAAUGUAUGGGCAGGGAAGGAGGUUAACAGUCUGUUGUCUCACCAGGUGGAUGGUAAGGAAGGGAUUACCUGGGCACAAGUCUUCUCCAAACAUUUUGACGUCAGAGAAGAUGGCAAUAUUGCACCUUUUCAGGAUCCCCAUGAUGAAUUGAAGAACAAAAAUGUGCUGAUUGUGCGUGGAGGUUUGGAGGAGACAGCUGAGCAUUUCAAACUGCCUGUUGAUGUGACCAGCGAUAUACUGAGUAAAAGCCUUAAGAUUCUGUUUGAUGAGAGAGAGAAACGUCCCAGGCCUCACCUAGACAACAAGAUGGUUACAGCCUGGAAUGGGUUGAUGAUCUCUGGGUUUGCAAAGGCAGGCCAGGUCCUUGAUAACCCGGAAUACCUCAGUCGAGCUGUUCAAGCUGCAGAUUUCUUGUACCAACAUGCAUUUGUCAAGGAUAAGGGGAGAUUACUCAGGACAUGUUACACAGGGGAACAGUCCACUAUUACUCAGAUAGCACAGCCUAUUGAAGGGUUUGUUGAUGAUUACUCUUUCCUGAUCCGUGGUCUGUUGGAUCUGUAUGAAGCCUGCUAUGAUGAACGCUGGUUACAGUGGGCUGCUCAGCUCCAGGAACAACAGGAUGGGUUGUUCUGGGAUAACGAAGCGGGGGGAUAUUUUGCCAGUCAAAUCGAAGAUACAAAUAUACUGCUAAGAAUAAAAGAUGAUCAAGAUGGAGCUGAGCCCAGCAGCAACUCUGUGACUGCCAGUAAUCUGCUACGACUAGCCACAUAUCUGGACAUACAGCAAUGGCGGGACAAAGUUGCUCAGAUCUUCAAGGUUUUCUCUGACCGCCUAACAAAGAUUCCCAUGGCUCUGCCUGAGUUACUGUCGUCUCUGAUGAUGUUCAACCAAACUCCUAAACAGAUAAUUGUUGUUGGUGAUGUGGCAGAUGAUAGUACGCAGGCUCUCCUGCGAGCAGUUCACUCCGUUUUCCUGCCUAACAAAAUCCUUAUAGUUUGGGAUGGCAAUGAAUCUAGUUUUUUGGCUGGUCAUCUGAAGGUCUUAUCCACACUUAAGAAGAAAGAUGAGAAGGCUACAGCGUUUGUGUGUGAAAACUACACAUGUUCUCUGCCAGUGACCACCUCAGAGGAUCUGCUGACAUUAUUGAAUACCCAGCCUCCACCAGCUGGUCAGUGACAUGGAGAUCUAAAUGUACAUUAACUGGAGAGACUAGAGGAAAAAGUUUAUUCUGCCAAUCUGCCAGUUUUAACAUGUGUGUGGGUUGAUACAUACCUUUAACAGAUAUGGCCAUUCUCUAAUUCGUACUAAUUGUACAUAUUAAAGUACAAACUAAAAGCAUUUUAUUCUUAUAGCCGUUGUCAAGUUUUAAAUAAGGUGUGAUUUACACAUACAGUUAACCCUCAUGUGGCCUUGCAUCAGGAUUGUUGGUACCUGACAAGGUGCAGUGGUUUGCUUCAUGCUUUGAUCAUUAUCAUUCAUCCUUUAAGUUGACUGUUGUCAUAUAAGUGAGGUGUUAUUACCCUAAUUCUUCUAACCUUUAGGACAGAUAUUGGCACAUACUCCUUACAGCACAUUCAUAGCUCUCUACUUUCAAUUUACAUCACUGCCACCACAGCAACAAUGCCGAGGUCAAGGUGAUGAGGUAGGAAGUGAUGUCAGAAAACACACACAAUCCGUCUCAACAUGUCUCUAAUAAUACUUUAUACACAUGCAUUCUCUUUAUCCAGAGUAUGUACAAUAUGAUUCUAAUCAAAACCUGAAACAAUUCUUUUGAUGAACGCUGAUUAAAUAGUUCCAGUGUGGAGACAAGUGAUGAGACUAAGCUUAAAGAAGCCUACGUGCAUCUCACAGGCUCCAAAGGUGAAGCUUGUCUAUUGGUGGCAGUGAUGUGAAGCGAAAGGUAGAAAACGACACAUGCGCUGUAAGGAGUAUGACAUUAGUUCUGGUAGGAAAGAGUUACAUUUCUCUCCCAGUUAAGGCAACCAUACAAUUACUGCAAGAUCAGUUCUGAGAAUUGAUAAAGGAUAAUUAUAACAAUUUUACAAAUUGUUUUUGAGGCAAUGGUAGUAAUUUCAAGUCUAUGUAAAUACUGCUUUAGAAAAGGUUACGAAAUUUUUAGAUUAUUCAUAUGCAUUUUGAUUCAUUGAACUAUGUUGGUGGUUUCAGUGAAGUGUUUUUAACCAGUGAUAGGUUUUCAAACAGCAACGCUUGGUAAAACCUUCCUCAAAUAUGUGUCAUUUUCCCUUGUAAAAUCUGCAAUUGUUAUAUAUUGGUAACAGGGAAGACUGUGUGUAAACUAAAUACUGAGACAAGUAUUACCAACAUGUUUUUCCCAGGAAGUUACAGUUUGGGAAUAUUCUCUUGGAAAAAUCUCGAUCAAACUCUGAAGUGCUAUUUUUUUUCGUACACAUUUAGCCAUGAUAAGCUUUGUGACAUUUAAAAUAAAAACCUGAUUUACCA